AUGAGUGAUAAAAUCUAUAGUAAUUUCGUGAAAGCCAGUUUACCUGAAGAAGACAUAAAUAUUAUCCCAGAUAAAAGUGUAUUAAGUGGAGAAGAAGCAAGAAAGCUAUACCUUGAAGAAAUAAAACACGCAAAGGCGCCAAACAGGCUCAAGACACAGGGUGUUGAAAAAAAGAAAAAGGUUAUAACAGAAGAGAAAACACCACUAUCAAACAAAGACUUAUUUAUUACAAUUCAGAAUAAUGAUGUUGACAGAGUUAAAUGUGAAUUAGACAGAUACCCUGAUAAGUUAAAUAUUGUGGAUGAGUUUGGUUGGAGUUUAUUAAUGAUUGCUUGCCAAGCAAACUCCGUAGAUGUUGUAAAGCUAUUGUUAAAAAGAGGUAUAGACAUGUCUGUAAGAGAUAAAGCUGGCAAUUCUGCUCGAAGUCUAGUAAUUAAGAAUAAAAAUUAUAUAUUAGCUGAUAUCUUAUUAAGAUACAUACAGAAAGAUGCUCCACCAAAGCCAAACACAAAACAAACAUCAGUAACAGUUAAAUUAAAAGAAGAAUUUAUUUGUGAGUUGUGUAAUAAAACAUUUCCUGAUAAAGAAGAACAUUUGUCAUCAACAAUACACAAUAUUACUGCUAGUAGAGGGAAGAAAAUACCAGCAUGUUAUGUAUUACCAGAAACUAACAGAGGUUAUCAGUUGAUGCUCAGAGGUGGUUGGGAUAAACAGUCUGGUCUGGGCAGAGAUGGAUCUGGUAAACUUUAUCCUAUUAAAACUGUACAAAAGAAGGACAGGAAAGGCCUUGGACAUGCCAAACAAAAACCUAUAGACAACAAAACACAAGACAAUGUUAAACAUAAAAAUAGAAUGAAGUUGGCAAGAGACCAUCGGAGUGACAAAUCAUUCGAAAUAAAGUUUAGACGAGAAUUCUACUGA